AUGUUUAAUUUGUACCAACACCUUAAAGCCACGAAUGAGGGGAAGGAUCAGAAAGAACAGGAGACGACGGGCCAUGACAGAUUUUAUCAGGAGCGUUCGAGGUCUAGUUACAGGAAGAAGCGACGCCCCGCCUAUCAAAGAGCGCAGUCUGUAGCAGAAUUUAACCCUGAGUCGAUUGCAGCGGCGAAUAAAAGAAAUGCAUUUAAGAUACGAUCUGCGUCUACUGAUCGCGAUGAAAGUGAAGAAGAGAAUACAGAACGCACCCCACUUGUGGCGCAGAAGAUAGACUCGCUGGCCAAGCUGCUGUUCAACAAAUCUCUCAUUGGGAGCGGAUCUAACAAGUCCUCGCCAUCCGAACCGUGUUCAUCGCCCAGAGUUAAAGAAACAUCGAUCGAGAGUACAGUUGCUUUGGCAAUUUGUACAAAGUAUCUUUCACAGACUUCAAGAUACGACCUCAAGUCACAACUGGGUUCAAUCGGAUCGCGGCCUUGUAAGCAAUGGUUUGCGAUUCGCGAUAAUUCUAUUAAGACUGAUAGAUUAUUGACUCUGGUGCCUUUAACGAUCGAAUGUCCCCUCGAAGACGGCGCGUGUUCCCGCGAGUUGGUCGUUGAGCUGUUCCGUGCGCUCCAUCAUCCCUACAUCUACCCGGUUCUAGAGCUGCAGCUGUGCAGUGGACACGCGCUCACGAUACUGCCCUUCAACGCCAAGGGCAGCUUGAAGGACGUCAUUUAUAAGAGCACAUGGCACGAGGAAUAUCAUAAGAAAUAUAAUCAGAGUGGUACCGGUCUCCCUGCCUGGCAAGUGGCCACUUUCGGCCGCCAGAUAUUGGAGGGAUUGUUGUUCCUCAAAGAAAAAGGAUUUCCUCCCUUCCGUCACCUGCACUCCGGAAAUGUCGUCGUACAGAAUGGUGUAGCUCGGAUAUGUGGGCUGGAGAAUACGUUAAUUGGAGCCCUGCCUUCCUGUCCUCUAGCCAUGUUGACGGCGCCCGAGCACGUGGAGACUCUGUCGCUCGGACACGUGCUGUUCGAAAUGUGCGCCGGCGCAGAGACCAACGUGGCAUUGCUCUCUGAACUCGCAACCAAUUAUCCACACGUGGUAGACAUCAUCGAGCAGAUCUUCGGACAACGUACGCCGAGCCUGCACGAGUUGCUGUUGUGCGAGCUCUUCCGUAAGAUCGACCUUCGCGAGAUGAAGGGCUCCUGUCUGCCAAAUUUUAACCAGCGUCUGUCACGGUCGUGCCUUUCUCUGCUGAGCGAGGUAGCGCGGCGACAGACGUUGUGCGCUCGCUCUGGACCUCCAUCCCCGAUGACUCCACCCGCACGAGACAUUAUCAGGUGGACCAAGACGUUACCGAAGUGUGGGAGUGGUGACUAA